GUAAAUAAUGCACAUGGAUCGAUCAUUGUAUAUAUCGCCUGAAUUAUUUUUUGCAAAACGUAUGAUACACAGAGGACAUUCAUAUAGUUAUUAAUUAAUGACUGCAUCUUGACACAGAAACAGUGAUGGAUUCAAAAUCUGACGAAGUUGAUGGGAAGACAACAUCUGAAAAAGAGUUAGGAGUUGGAGAAAUACUGGAGGAUGUUACCAGCACAAACGUGACGAAAAUUACCUCUGGAGUGGAAGAUGUUGACAGGGUGACCAGUAGCACUUCUACGAGGACAAAUCAUUGUUCAGAUCAAAUUGAGGAGAAUGGCCAAAUUUCAGCGGAAUCUAAUCAACAAGCUGAGGCAUCUGUCAAUGCUGUGCAGUCUUCAUCAGCACCUGACCCAGUACCUGGUAACAAAGACGAUAUCUCCAUGGAAACGGACAGUAAGCACACUCCAGAAAGCAGCGAAGCUAACACAAUGGUAACAGAGCAUGCCCUAGCUGAUAGCACUGCAGUCGAGGAGCCCUGCUGUGAUGGAAGUGGAGAUACUGAAGGUAUCAGAUUGAGCCCUAAAGCCAAUAUUGAGACUGUAGAUUCUAGUGAUAAUAGACAGGCUACUGACAUCACCAUGGAGACAGGAGAUUCAGUAGCGGACUCCUCUUGUGGUCUUAGUCAGAUACAGAUUAUAUGUGUGCAGAGCAUGGCCACAGAUUCACUAGGGAUGGAGUUUGAAGACAGUAUACAGAUAUCUUCAGAAGACCAGCAAGAGACAGUGUGUCCUGUGACUAGUCAAAGGUCAGAGGUCACUGGAAUAGAAGAUACAUCUAGAAGUCCCACAGAACUAUUGAAGGUGACAAAAGAUGAUGAAAAUGCUAUGGCUUCAAGUGUCUGUGUAGAAGAGAGCCCCAGAAGUGAUGUAUCCACGUCAGCACAGAGCAAUGUUUCUUCAUCAGAGGCUCCUCAAAGUCAGGACAUCAAUUUCAAAGACAAUUUAUCUAGCAAAGACUCGGCAAUAUCAGCAGUAGCUAAAAGUGACAGUGACAUUACAAUAUCCACAAACAUUUUACAGCCCUCCACAAAACAAGUAGUGGUCACAUCACAGUCAUGGGUAGCCAACCAUGUCAUUGAUACCUCAAUAGAGACAGCUACAGACCCCAACAUCUUGUUAGAGACAACUAUCAUUGUACCAAACAUCUCGUCAGGCACAGCUAUAGCACCCGACAUCUCGUCAGGCACAGCUAUAGCACCCGACACCUCAUCAGAGACAGCUACAGACCCCAACAUCUUGUCAGAGACAUCUAUCAUUGUACCAAACAUCUCGUCGGGGACAGCUAUAGCACCCGACACCUCAAUAGAGACAGCUACAGACCCCAACAUCUUGUCAGAGACAUCUAUCAUUGUACCAAACAUCUGGUCAGGCACAGCUAUAGCACCCGACACCUCAUCAGAGACAGCUAAUGGACCGAUCAUUGGUACAAUCUCCAACCAAGAGGAUAAAGCUCCUUCACAAGAGACAAGCUCAUCAUCGCAGAGCAAAGGUUUGGAAAAUUCUGAGGAAUUGUCCAUAAACAGGCAAGACGGUGAGGUCACUGUGACUUCCAGUGUUCCAUUUACCCGAGUCAGGUCAUCAGGGGAGACAACUUCUCAGGUUGUGGACAACAGUGCCAUAAAAGCUUGUCUUGCUAGUGGCCCCCAAGUGCUAGCUGUUCAGGCUGGGAUAAUAGAAUCCCAAGAUAUCAGAAAGAGUUCAAUUGCUCAAAAGUUUAGCUCAUAUACUCUGAAAAAAGCCAGAAGUAUGCUGCAAUCUGCCUUAGAAACAAUGCCUAUUGUCAACAACCAUCCUCAGCUGCAGCAGGUAAACCAAACACUCUCCACUGGUAUGAACAACUGCAACUCGCCGCUGAAAGUCACGACACAUCCGUCUAAUAGACCCGAGGAACACGGAGAUAUAUUGGACAUACUUAAGACUCAUCAGAAGGAGGCUACUUCAGAAAUAAAAACGCAGGAAGCUUCACUUGUAAACAAAACUGCUGUAGCUGAAAAAUCUCGAAGGCAAGGCAGUAAUCAGAUAGCGAAGAAAUCUACAACGAAGAAGCCCAUAGUACCAAUCACAGGUGUAAGUGAGGAACCAAGUAUAAAACAGGAGCCAGCCGAUGGUUAUACUGGGUAUGGUUACAGUGAGCCAGCCAAAGAGGCCACCAACAGUGAAGGCUCCAGCCCCUCUGUUGUGAUAGAGAAUGUCCAGGGCAAUCAGGUGUCAUCAUCUAUCAACCAUAACAGUAUCAACUUGUUGUCAAGCCAGGUGAACCGACUUCCUACAGUAACGUCCAAUCAAAAUAGUCUCCUGCCUUCUGUAGCAAUGAUGAAUGCAAAUCCUACCCAUGUUUUGGGUACACUGGUCCCUUCCAACCCAGGGAGGCCGAUAGCUCACACUUUGAUGAGCACAACAAUCAGUGAUGUUACCAGACCUAAGUUUGUGCCUGUGAUGGCUGGCUUUGGUCCAGGUAAGGGCCCAAACAGGGUCACCAUUCGCCUCUCAAACACCACUGCUGUAACUCCCAGCUCUGUUUCUCUCUCUAGGAUGCCUAAACCCCAUCGGGCCCCUAGACCUAUCCAGCCUAAGGGGUCGGAGAUGCCUCAACCCAAGGCAACGACUGUUGCAGUUGCCAACAAAAAGGUGCACACCAUCUCCACACCAGCCUUGCUUCAGACUAAUGCUACCAUCAAGACCACCAUACCUCCCCCUAUGUCAGUAUCUACUAUCAAUAUCGACACGGUCGGCCUUCCACGCAUCACUGAACUCAUUGCAAGGAAAAAUCCCAUCCCCAACUACAAGGCACCAACUAUACCAGAGAACCUGAAGGGCGUGAUAAAGGAGGAAAGCUAUCUUUGUUAUGAGUGUGGAGACCUAUUCUUGAUCGAGUCAAGUCUGACACAGCAUCGAGGGCGAUACAGUAUGAAAAUAGCCUACAAAUGUGAUGAAUGCAACAAAGAAAAAUGUUUCUUCAAUAAAUGUCAGUUCCUUGGCCAUCUUCGUCAGCAUCUCAACAUCGAUAAAAGUCAGGCUGUCCCCAUCCAUAUAAAGUCUGACUCUAUCUCAAUAGCACCACUCCCUAAGAUCUAUGAAUCGCUUAUAUUUCAGACAUCUGUACCAACAAAAAAUGCUGAAGAAAAGAAGAGUCAACAAGACGUUGUCAAAGAGGCACCAUCACCAAAAAAGCGUUGUCGGGAGUGUGGUAUGCAACUGACAAUGGAGGAGAGGACUCGCCACUUCAACACAUCCUCCACAAACUGUGACUUCUGGAAUUGUUGUAACAUCUGUCAGAUGAUUUUGCCUUCUAUCUGUGCACUGAGGGCUCACCGUCGUCUCCACACUGACCCAGACAGCUCCAACUGCCCCGAGUGUGGGGAACAAUUCUUCAAAGAAGUCAUAACAUACAAAGAAAAACCACUUGAUUCUAGGAGUGCCUUUAUUCAGCACCUAAGGUACCAGUGUUGUCACAUCAGUCGUAUUGCCCAAAUGCAAUGCCCUAAGUGUAAGGAUAUGCUGGAAAGUGGCCCGCAAAUAAAAAAUCAUGUUCUUGCAAAACUUGAUCAGUAUUACAAAUGUCAAAUCUGCCCAAUGGCCUUCAGAACAGCUGCAGGGUUUGAGCGACACUUCGUUAGUCAUAAGAAAGGAAACCCAGUAAAGAAGGACUACAAACGUAUAUAUAAAUGCCAUAUUUGUGACACAGUGCUAGACGAUAUAACAGUGCUUGAGGUACACAUAGCAGGUCACGUGAAGGAACUCAAAAGAGCCUGCACAUACGGAUUCGUGUGUAUAGAUUGCCGACAGGUGUUCCCCAGUAAGGAGGACCUGUCUAAGCAUAUCACGGAGAACCAUCCUCGGAUAGCUAACAAGACAAUCUGUGUCAAGUGUAACAAGUCAUUUGGUAAUAUUUACGAGUGCUUCGUCCAUGACCUGGUAAUGCAUCGCAGCUCUGUGGUCCCGGAAUACAGGCCAUGUAAGUUGUGUGGCAAUGUCAUGGAAAUUGAUGAGUUCCUGUCUCAUCCCUGCAACAGGAGGAAGACAAAGGAGAAAUAUGUGUGCAACUUUUGUGACAAAGAGAUCUUGAAAAAGAAGCACCUGACAACACACAUGGAGUGGCACAAGACUAACGGAGCUGCAGUGUGUUUAAAGUGCUUUAGGACAGACUUCUCCGACAUGACCGAGUUAAAAAAUCAUGAAGUAAUAUGUUCUGGUUCUCAGCAAACUCAGGCCAAGCCUACAGAACAAUGUGUUGAUUGUAAACUAGAAUUUUUGGAUAAGGGUACACUUGAGAAACAUCGAGCACAGAACCAUCCCGAUUUGUUCCCUUGUCACCUGUGUGGUGAUACCUAUCAGAGUCAAGAUGACCUGAAGAAUCAUGUGACUGUGAAACACGUUGCUAAGAGAAAUGUGUAUCCCUGUCAUAUCUGUAACAGUCGUGGCAUUAAGAAAGCAUUCUCAUCUAACGCUCUUCUAGAGAAGCACCUGUCAUGCCGCCACAGACAAGGAAGGAACCCUGUCAUGUCCCAGAAAUUUAUCAAACAAGAGGAUGAAGAGUCGUCUGGGGACACGGAUCAAGACAAAGAGGAAGUGGAUGAUUCCAAGCGCAAACAUGAGGAAGUAACAAACUCUGACCAGCCAUUCAAGAAGCUGAGAGUUGAAGGGGAAACCAGAUUCACAUGUGCAAAGUGUUCAUUGACUUGUGAGGACAGAGCAACAUUUCUCAAACACCUGGUAGAUCACAAGGUCGAAAACUUUAUCCAGUGUAUGGAGUGUGGCCUGUCGUUUGCUGUUCUGCCGUCCCUCAGGAAACAUCUCUUUAUGGUUCAUAAGGUCAAGGACUUUAAAAUGUAUUGCCAAGACAACGACGUUAAGGAGGCGAUGGAUGUAGAUUACGACAGAGAAAUCAAGGAUAUUCCACCUGUGCCGGAAAUGGAAGUUGUACACGAUAGUGAUUCAGUGGAGGAGGAGGACAGUACCAGGAAUCCUCUCGAAUGCCGUGUCUGUAAACUCGUGCUCGAGUCAGAGGCUGACCUUCGCACUCACACGCGAACACAUGGCAUGGCUUUUAUACGCAACAAACGCAGGAAUAAGAUGGUUCCGUCGGCGAAGAUCAGGCCUCCGGAGAUGAAUGGUGUUGACACUGAUGGAGACUCCUCCUCUCUCAGCUUAGACUAGAAGAGUUGACAAACCAUCUCCUGUUUUCUGGCAUUACCUACAAAGAUUGGGUUUAAUAUCGUAUUUUACAGAUGCUCACUAAUCACUUCUGGAAGGUAGAUGUAUUUGAUAUCUUUUUAAUGACUUAUGAAUCCAGGGAAGACAGCUACACAUAUUUGUUUUUCUCUCAUACCGGAAAUCUUGGAUUUGUGUUCAAUUGAUUUCAAAAAGCUACAAUUUCCGCACCUAUAUGAAGUUUAAAUGAAACUAGCUAAUUACCACAUUUUGUCAGAGACAACUUUUAUGCUAACGGUCACUUGUUUAUCUUGUUUUUUGGGGGGGGGGGUUGUUUUUUUUUAAGACAAUUGGGAGAAUAUAUAUGUAGCUGUCACAGAGGGGUGUCCUUCUGUCUGUACAUAGCGAUUUCCGGAGGAUAAUUUAAGAACAAAAUAUCAUACAAAGUUCAAACAUGGAGUGUGUGCUGACCUAGUCGAUGCUAAUUAGGACCCUAGUAAUAUUUGGUGUGGUCACCAUAGCUAAAAAUAAUUUUGCUUGGUUGUGGCUUGUCCAGAUGAGCACUUACAUGAUUGCAUACAUUAGAUUUGGUGUGUUGGCUGAUGUGAUCUAGUGGAUGCUUUUUAAGGACCGUAUUGAGUUUCGGCAUGGUCCACCAGAUGUCAAGGUCACCAUUGCUAAAAGUAUCAUUUUUUCUGUUCUGAAUGAUACCUCGAAAAUUUGUUAUUGCAACAAAGGUCAAACUUGAUGCAUGGAUAUAUAGCCCUUUUGGAUGAAAAGAACCCUAUUGAUUUUGGGCUGUCUUGCCAGAGGUAACCAUUGCUAAAAGUUAAAUGUUCUUUGGUUGUGCUUGUCAAUAUGAUAACUUAAGAAUGAAUGACCUUAGAAAGAUUGGACAAAAUUUACAUUUCAUAUGAAGAGAAUAGGUAGCAUGUCUACAUAUGAGUUUCCUGUCCUUCUGGAACACAAAUCCAUGACGAGUCGAUGGCAAAUCCUACAUAUGACUUUUUUUGGGAUAUGUUGUCCCCGGCUUCUUUCAUGCUUCUAUGAAGAAUUUUCUUCUGGAGAGGGGGCUUGUGAGUUUUGUUUCUUUGCAAUAAUGUAGGCUUUUUGGCUUUGUACAUUGUAUGAUAUUAAUGGGACCACAUAUAAAUGACCAAAGGGGUAAUAACAUGAUACAGGACUUUACUAAUUAUGCAUAAUUGUUAUGAUAGGACAUAAUGUUGAUCUUGUGUAUGUGGCUUACUUAUUGCUGUGGCUUGUGGUGUUCAGGUUUGUGAGGUGUAUAAGCACUGCCAAAUGACUACACUGAGUUGUCAGGUGUACAACUGUUUAUAAACCAAGUUCCCAAACAUGAUGUCUAUAUAGGAAUGUUAUUUUCGCAAGGACAGCUUCAGCAAAAGGGAAAAAUUUUGAUAUGACUUUUCAUAUGAAUUUAAGUUGUAAAUUGGCUUUAGUGUAUAUUACGUUGCAUGGCCAUAUUGCUACAGUCCCCUACAUCUUUGAAAUUUGCAAUGUUCCAACUUUUUGUGGGGUAAGCAAUUUCAAUCUCUCGUUACUUUUUGAUAAGAUUUUCAAAUGUAUAGGUCUUGUACAUUAUUGGACUCAGACAUUUAUUAACACGUCAUUACAAGGACGUGUUUAGAUGAAUUCAGUUUGUUUGUAGCGGGACUGGGAUGGUCGAUCGGCGGCAACCAGGUAUCUUAAUUGAUUCCAGUGUCAAGAGUUCAGAAGUCCCAGGUUUGAAUCCCAGUCUGGCCUUGCCAUUUUCUCUCUCCUAUAAAAUAGACAUAUAUUUCAUGUGAAUGUUGAACGAGUUGUGUAUAAACUCCUAUAAAAUAGAUAUACAUUUCAUGUUAAUGUUGAACGAGUUGUGUAUAAACUCUUUUAACUUGCAAACAUUUAUUAGCUCACCUGGCACGAAGUGCCAAGUGAGCUUAUGCCGUGGCGCGGCGUCCGUCGUCCGU